AUGCGUUCGACGGUUUUGGCUUUGGGCGCCGCUGCCCUGCUCGGCGCGGGCAACGUCCUCGCCGAUGAUAUCCCUACUUGCUCGUUGGACAAGAGAUGUCCUGAGUCGGCACCUUGCUGUUCUCAAUACGGCCAAUGCGGCGUCGGCGCCUACUGCCUCGGCGGUUGCGACCCGCGCAUGUCCUUCUCUCUAGACUCCUGCGUGCCCGCCCCCGUCUGCCAAGACAAGACCUACAAGAUGGACAAAGCCUCCAUGUCCAAGAUCGUCGACAUCAGCGAGUACCUCGGCGACCCUUCCAAGGCCGACUGGGUAUCCCAAGGCGAGCCCGUCUCCUACAACGACAACACCCUCCUCACCAUGCCCAAGAACUCGGUCGGCACCGUCCUGGCUUCGACAACCUACAUGUGGUACGGCUCCGUCAAGGCCCGGCUCAAGACCUCGCGCGGCGCCGGCGUGGUUACGGCUUUCAUCCUCAUGUCCGACGUCAAAGACGAAAUCGACUACGAGUUCGUCGGCACCGAGCUGACGACCGCCCAAACCAACUACUACUUCCAGGGCAUCCCGUCCUAUGUCAACAGCGGUAACAUCACCGUGACCGACACCUACGCCAACUGGCACGAGUACGAGAUCCGCUGGACGCCCGACCAGAUCCAGUGGCUCGUCGACGGACAAGUCGGCCGCACCAAGCUGAAGUCGGAGACCUGGAACGCCACCGCCAACCAGUGGGAUUUCCCCCAAACCCCUUCGCGCGUGCAGCUCUCCAUCUGGCCCGGCGGCGCCGCGACCAACGCCAAGGGCACGAUCGACUGGGCGGGUGGUCCCAUUAGCUGGGACUCUGAGGACAUCAACAACUAUGGUUACUACUUUGCUACCUUUGGAGAAAUCGACGUACAGUGCUGGGACGCCAAGAGCCCGCCGGGGACGAACAAUGGCAAGUCGUAUUACUACAACUCGUACCGCGCGACCAACGAUACUGUGGUGGAUAGCAACAAGCGGACCGACCUCGCCUCCUUCCUCGGUACGGGAACGGAUAUGGACGCGGGCAAGCAGACCAACACCAAGGGCGGAUCGGCGAGCGCUACCAAGUCUGGAGGCGCAAAGGGGACUACGGUCCCGCAAUCGAUUCCUGGCGGUGGAAGCGCGCCGGCUGGUCAGGUGCCUGGUGGUGGGUCGGGGACUGUCUCGGGAGGUUCUGGGUCUGGAUCGUCCGGCAGUGACGGCAGUGGAAGCUCCGGGGACAGUGGGAGCGCGAGCGGUGACUCGAACGCCUGCGGUAUGAACGGGUUCUCGCAGAGCUGUGAUGAUGGUGGAAGUGGAAGUGGUCCGUCUAGUAAGAAUAAUGGUGCGAAGACGACGGCCCAGGGGGCGAGCGCGUUGGCGGCUGUGGUUGGGUUUGUUGGGUUGAUGUUUCUUUGA